AUGUCGUUUCAUCAGAACAGGACACCUCAAAAGGAGGUCGUCUUCAGUCAACUUCCUGAAAAUGAAAACCAAGACGGUGAAAUAAUCGAAGAAAAAAAGUCUAGAAAUACCAAGUAUUUAUAUGGAGUUGCUGUUUUCUUCUUUGUUGGAGUCUUCUUCACAGCAGGCUAUUCUAUUUCUCAAAAUUACCGGAGUUCUCGGAGUCCUGCAGAUGAUUUCGUUCGUGCGGAGCCGAAAAGCUUAACAUCAAAACGUGAUACUUCUCCCAAACAACUAGCAUGUGAAAAGCGAGUAGUCGGAUACUACACUGAAUUCGAGUCAGUCGAUAUCACGAAACAUCAAAUAUCGAAACUCACUCAUGCAGUUUUCGCAUAUGUGGAAAUGACUCACGAAGGGAAAUUGAAAUUCAAAACAGAAAUGUCAAAGAAUAGAUUUAUGAGUUUGAAGUACAAAUCGAGAAGUGUGCAGUCGGAUGUAAAAGUGAUGAUCUCAAUCGGUGGACAAAAGAAUUCGCAGCAUUUUUCGUCAGUAACAGAAGACUCGGAAAAGAAAGAAGUUUUCAUCCAUUCAAUCGUGUCAUUUCUGAAAGAACACAAGAUACAUGGAGUCGAUUUGUACUGGAAGGGUGCUACAGAAAACGACAAAUGGAAAUAUAUCGAGUUCGUUCGAGAACUGCGCCAAAAAUUAAAAGGAACUGAAGACAAGCCGUAUCUGAUUUCUCUGACUCUACCUCCACCAAACAUUGCUAAUUGGGAAAUGGCAUACGAUUUGGAAGAAUCAUUGGACGACGUGGAUUUCUUCAAUGUGUUCGCAAUGGAUUAUCAUGGACCAUGGGAUAACCAAUGGGGUACUCCAGCUGGACCAAUUGCUCCAUUAUAUUCUACUCUCGACAGCAGAAAGCAGUUUUGUGUUGACUCUACUAUGAAAUAUUUCGCGUGCAAAACGAAACAGCCAAGCAGAUUCAACAUUGUCAUUCCCUUCUUCGCAAGAUUAUGGAGAAAUGUGAAAGAAGCUGUCGACCCAGGACAAGAAAUCAUCAGAAGAGCAAAAUUGACUAACAACAAAGCAGUUGGAAAUCCGUAUAUGUCAAGAUGGACUGUAGCAGAUCAAAAGUGGGAAUUGACACCUGCAACGUGGGAUGAAGAAUCAAAGUCUUCUUACAUUUACAACCCACAAACCAAAAACUAUUUGACUUUUGAAGACGAAAAGAGCAUUUCCGAGAAAAUUGAUUAUGUGAACAAGUCUAAUUUGGGCGGCGUUUGGAUUUGGACAAUUGAUAUGGAUGACGAUAAGAACUCUCUUAUCGACAUGGUUUCUUCGAAGGAGUUGUGCUCAACCAAAAGUGGAAACAACGUCAAACAUCAAUGCUGA